AUGACUUCUACCCAACAAGACCACGUUGUCCUUCUUGUCGACACCCCCUUCUUCGAAGACCUGCCUGCCUGGGUCACCGACAACUUCACCGUCACGCCUGGAGGCUACCACGACGGCCAGCCCUCUCGCAACAAACUCGUCAUCUUCGCCGACGGCAGCUACCUGGAGUUCUUCAACUGGUACGACACCCCACCCUCUCUCGACGCCGAGCACCUGCCCAUGAGAUUCUGGGGUCCCAAACCCCCAGGCCUGAUCGACUUUGCUAUCACCGACACAACCCACUCGGCCGAGGAAUCCGUCGACACCGUCAACGAACGCCUCUCCUUCAGCCCUGACCAAGACGCCGGCCUGGGCAUCAAAUUCGGCACGCCCAUUGCAGGCUCACGCAAGAAAGCCGACGGCGCCGAGAUCAAGUGGAAGGUCACACGCCCACAGUUCUCCCAGGGCCCAAACACGCCCGCCGACGAGCUGUUCGCUAACGGCAGAAUCGAUGUCCCUUUCUUCUGUCACGAUGUCACUCCGCGGACCGGCCGCGUGCCUAGUCUGGAUGAGCAGAAAACGACUCACCCCUCCGGCGCGGUUGGCAUCGCUGCCUGCGAGAUUCUCGUGCCGGCUCACCUGCUGACCGAGUACGCGCGAGUCUAUUCCAAGAUCCUAGGCUCUGGGUUUGAACCUGCUGCCGGCAAGAACUCGUAUACCUUCGACAUCGGUGUGCCGCAGGGUUCUGCCCGUUCUACGGUGGUGGUGCGUGCUGCUGAGUCCGAGCGAGACAUUCAGCGCAUCAAGGAGAGGGGCAUUGGGUUCUCUGAUCUUGUCAUCUCCGUCCAGUUUGAUGGGCCUGGCGGCGAGACGAGGUGGCCAUUGGGCUCUACUGGUGUCGAGUCCACAAUCUGGUUGGAGAGGGUGUAG